AUGAGACGGAAAGGCAUGAAACCAACAUUGUUUGAAUUGAGGUGUGUUUUAUAUGGGUAUGGAAGAUUAGGAUUGCUUAAAGAUACGGAGAGGAUUCUGGAUGAAAUGGAAAGUGGAGGGACUGUAGUUGAUACAGUUUGUGCAAAUAUGAUUGUAGUGUAUGAACUUGCAUACCUUCCCCAGAUAUUCAUCAAUAAAGUUUUGAUGAUCGAUAUGGAAAGUGUCUUUAAUCCAAAUUUGGGCCUUGGCAAGAAUGUUUCUAAUUUACUGAGCACAGCCACUCAAAUGACAUGGAGCAAUUUCUUAUCUCAGCAACAAAGGACUUUCAUACAGAUGAGGACUCUUCUCAAGGUUGUGGAUAACUCCGGGGCAAAAAAGGUGAUGUGCAUACAACCUUUGAAGGGGAAGAAAGGGGCAAGGUUGGGGGACACCAUAAUUGCAUCUGUAAAGGAAGCUGCCCCAAAUGGAAAAGUGAAGAAAGGAGAGGUUGUGCGUGGUGUAGUUGUGCGUGCUGCAAUGCAGCGUGGACGUUGUGAUGGGAGUGAGGUCAAGUUUGAUGAUAAUGCAGUAGUGAUUAUUGACAAGCAAGGCCAGCCAAAGGGGAGCAGGGUUUUUGGGCCAGUUCCACAUGAGCUGAGGAAGAAAGGGCAUGUCAAAAUCCUUGCUCUGGCAGAACAUAUUGCCUGA